GGCUGUCAGGUCUGCAAUGCGGCCCGAGUCACUCUGUCAAAAGCGCCCUGCUGCUUCUCACUCACGAGUCACUGCACGACUCGUGCAUGUUGAAAUGGUCCAUGGCAGCACUCCAGCUAGCACGUUCGAGCAGGUUCCUCAGGCUGGGUGCAUGCCGGGCUGCAUUCAGGGCCCGGGCCAUUCAGGAAUGGCAAUUCCGUGAUGGAUUCGCCUGCCACUGUGGAAGAUGAGUACGUAUGUGGGACCCUGGAGCUGAGGAGAAGAAAGCUUUCGCAUGCACGAUGACCAUGGCACCUCAACGUUGACCUGGUAGCUCAUCAGGAAGGCAGAAGCCCGCGAACAGAGUCCCGAGAAUAGAUUGCUGAGGAUCGUUGAAUCGUUGGGAGGCCCUUGAUCAGCUGCCGCGCUAAUGUCAUUGAAGCAGGCUUGCUGCCGCUUGCCUCAGAAGGGCACGUUGCUCAAGCUAGCGAAUAGGCGUCCAGGCGAGCCGUUCGUUUUUGGGGGCCUCUAUCGAGGCGUAGAUCUAAAUUGUACGGAGCAAAGGUCAAUUGGGAUUACAGCUCAAUCAAUCAAGAGGUCUGGGACUCUCGGAGGUUUGCAAAAGUUCGGGUCAUUAGCAAGGCGCCACCAUAGCACCGAAGGCCUGCGUGUAGCUCGGGCUUAUUUGCACACAAUGGCAGAAGAGAACGGCCAGGCGGGAGAGGGGCCUGCGGUGGCCGGUGAAAGUAAGCCCAAGCUGACGAUAGAUAUCGUGUCUGACACGAUGUGUCCCUGGUGCUUUGUGGGCAAGAAGAACCUGGAGAAAGCAAUGGCGCUGAGCAAAGACAAGUACGACUUCGAAGUCAUAUGGCGGCCGUUCCAGCUGAACCCAGAUGCCGCAAAGGAGGGCAAGAACAAGCGCAAUUACUACCGGCAAAAGUUUGGCGAGGCCAAGACGAAGAUGAUCAUUGAGCGGAUGACGCAAGUGUUCGACUCGCUGGGGUAUGUCUACAACAUGGAUGGCUUAGUAGGCAACUCGCUGGAUAGUCACCGGCUUCUAGAGUUCGCCAAGGAGCAGGACAAGCAGAACGAGGUGUGCGAGGAGCUGUUCCUCAACUCUUUCGUGCGGGCCAAGUACAACGGAGACAUGGACAAUCUGGUGGAGGCCGCGGAAACAGCAGGCAUCACGGGCGCGCGGGAGUUCCUGGAAGAUCCGGACGCCGGCCUGUCGCAGGUUCGCGACGACCUCCGGACGUACGCACGGGGGGUCACCGGAGUUCCCCACUUCAUCAUCAACGGGCAGGUCGAGCUGUCGGGAGCUCAACCGCCAACUGCUUUGCUGGAGGCCUUUGAGGACGCCUUGUCUGCAGUGGCUUGAGAGGAAAUUUUCCCAAGUAUAGCGGCAUCAGCAGCAGUGUGUGACGCAGCGUGCCCACUAAUCUCGUCUUAGAAGCGAAGAUGUGGUAUGGGUGCCACAAAAAGAUCCAUCGUUUGUGGGGCUCCCGGUAGCGACAUCGAAAAUGUAAACUUGAUCUAAGCAAGCGCGAGCAAGAGAGAAAGCACAAGCCGGAUACACGGGCAUGUUUUGGAGGAGGGUAUUAUUUUCCUGAAAGUAUAAGUGGCGGCCCUCUUGACCGUACAGAGGAUGUAACAAGGGAGCUACUUCAAAUCUUCCUGUUUCAUAUGAGAGGUAGUGACAAGCUUUCAUGCAUUCAAGGAAUUGAAGAUAGACUUUUAGGAAUCGAAGUCCAACUUGGCAAGUGGCAACCGAGACAUCAGGUAUUGCAAUUUGCACAAAAACGUUCAUCAUCAGCCAUGCAGU